CAAGGCCAGUGACAGUAUAUACUAUCUUACUACACAUACUUGAGACGCUAAGAAAUACAUUUGGUUGGGAGCUUAUACUAACUUGAGAGGGGCCACUCAUCUGUCAUGGAGGAGCCUGAACAGGACAUCAGGGAGACGCUGGCAGUAAGAAUUCAAAACUCCAAAGAAAAUGACUUCAUUGAAAUUGAACUGCACAGACAAGAGCUGAGUUACCAGAACCUACUUCACGUGAGCUGCUGUGAACUGGGGAUCCACCCAGAGAAAGUGGAGAAGAUAAGGAAGCUGCCAAACACUCUGCUCAGAAAGGACAAAGACAUUCAAAGACUCCAAGACUUUCAGGAGCUAGAGCUCUUGGUGAAGAGCGGGAAGUAUGAGCACACUCGACACACGGUGUCACCUCUUACAGAGAGGCCCUGCUACAACAGCGAAGCUGCAACACUGACUUACUAGUUCCAGAAGAGCGGGGUCUGCAGUCAUCGCCAACCACGAAGCCUAGACCCACGUGACAAUCAGCUGACCAUAUCUGAACUGAGCAGGAGCUGUUUACCCACAAGAGGUCAAGUGUAUUUUGAAGUGCUGCACCCCAAUCCUGACACUCGACUGAGCUGCAUAUACACCCAGUCCCACUUACCUAUGAAGUGGAUUUAGGAUCUGAGUAAACAAUCGGCUUAAGGCUAAGACAGCUCGUGAAAACAGCUUGCAUCACUGUAGCUGGUGACGGCUUCACUGGCUUACCAAAGUACAAGGUUGGUGGUGUUCACAUCCCAAGCCAAGAGGACUCUUAGCGUGUUUUAGAUGGCUGUCACUUUAUAAGCACUCAGCUGUGACCUGCCCAUACCCACUCACCCAUCCGUCUUUACAUAGCCAUUUCUCCUCAAAUAUCAAGUCACCCUGAUCCUUGAGUUUAAUUAAAACACCAGGGCUCCUUGUGAACCAACACAUUCUAUUUGUAUUCUCAGCUCAGAGAGUUCACUGCUUCCUUAUUACCGACUUCCCAGCAGCUGAGAUUUGAUGUAAGGAUUACCCAACAGUCGGAGGAAAAUGGCUUAUAUGGUAUGUGAUUCAUUUCACACUCCUGCACCUGCAACGUGCCCGAUAUCCAAGUCUCUAAUGAAAGGGGCACUGUGAGAAUUUGUGUGCUCGAGGUGUCUAGCUCCAAGAUUCCAGUAACAGUGAUUGUGACUGGACAGGAUGGAUCCACAAGUGGUAAUUCCCCUGUUUCACUUUCAAUAAUAAGGAAAAUUUAGGCAGAGG